UAAUGAGUUAGAAGACAGACUCAUGUGAACUUUCAAAUGCUUGUACAUCAUGCAAAUUACAAAGCAAAAUCAAUUAGACUUCACAACCACUAGUUUUGAGUUAAAAACUUUUGCAAGAAAUAUUUUCUUCUCUAUAAAUAUAGGCAUAUUACCAUAGUGCUAAAUCAUCAACUUUUCUCAUAUUCUCUAGUCUUUCUCUAAACCAACAACAAAAAAAAGCUUGUUAACAUGGCUUUUGGAUUGCCUGGUUUUGUUCAUGGUAAGAAGGCUUUUCGAAGAUCACUUUCGGGUAUUAAAGAAGCAGCUUCAAAGUCUACAACCAUUCCAAAAGGCUACUUUGCAGUGUAUGUUGGAGAGGAGCAGAAGAAGCGUUAUGUAGUACCUCUUUCGUAUUUGAACAAGAUUGCAUUUCAAGAAUUGUUGAGUAUGGCAGAAGAAGAAUUUGGAUAUGAUCACCCAAUGGGAGGACUCACAAUUCCUUGCAGAGAAGAUGUUUUCAUUGAUAUAACUUCUCAAUUGAAAUGAAUGUAGUUUGUAGCUCUAGCUAGCUAAAACAGUUUUGUACAUAUACCAUUUCUCCUUCCUAGGAAAGAGAGAAUUGUUUGGUUACUGAGAAAUUUUUGAAUAGAAAGUGAAAUUUGAUUAUUA